AUGGAAAAAAACUCCCCCGUGGCCGGUUCUUCGUACGGCGCUUCCAGCAUUAACUCCAUCACAAACUCGGGACCCUUGUCCAUCGCCUGCUACUGUUUUGCGUCUAUCUUAAUGACCGUCACAAACAAGUAUGUGCUUGGUGGUGACUUCAACUUGAACUUCUUGCUUUUGGCCAUCCAGGGCUUGACCUGUGUUGUCAUUCUCAGCACCUUGAAGGCCUUGACCGUCAUCACAUACCGUCCUUUCAAUAAAGAUGAGGCCAAGAAAUGGAUGCCUAUCGCAUUCUUGCUUGUGGCCAUGAUCUACACCGGCUCCAAGGCCUUGAAGGGCUUGUCCAUUCCUGUGUACACCAUCUUCAAGAACUUAACCAUCAUUUUGAUAGCCUACGGUGAAGUUUUGUGGUUUGGCGGUAAGGUUACCACCAUGACCUUGGGAUCUUUUCUUUUGAUGGUCUUCUCCUCUGUGUUAGCCUGUUACGGUGACUCUGCCGAUGACAAGACCCCAGCGGACGUCGCUACUUUGUACUACGGCUACUUCUGGAUGUUUGCCAACUGUUUUGCCAGUGCCGCUUUUGUUUUGAUCAUGAGAAUUAGAAUCAAGUUGACCAACUUUAAGGACUUCGACACCACUUACUACAACAACUUGUUGUCCAUCCCAAUCUUGCUCAUUGCUACCCUCGCCGUCGAGGACUGGUCUCCAGAAAACGUUGCCAAGAAUUUCCCUGAGGGUAGAAGAACUGCUACCAUCACCGCAAUGGUGCUUUCUGGUGCCUCCGCCAUUGGCAUUUCCUACUGUUCUGCAUGGUGUGUGAGAGUAACUUCCUCUACCACCUACUCAAUGGUGGGUGCUUUGAACAAAUUGCCAAUCGCUUUAUCCGGUUUGAUCUUCUUUGACGCUGCCGUCAACUUCUGGUCUGUUUCUUCUAUCUUCAUUGGUUUCGUGUCUGGAUUGGUGUACGCCGUCGCCAAGCAGAAGCAACAGAAAGAAAACGCUCAAACCUUGCCAACUACUUCCAAGUGA